AUUGUAUCUAGUUUAUGCAGUUAUCACUGCCAUAUUUAGAUUGAUAAGCUAAAAGCGUAUUAUCUCUGAAGAGCAAAUACAACUGUUGCCGCCGAUAAGCCCAAAUCUAAUGCGAAUUCACUUUGCUCAAUUGGAGUAACAAAUUUGCUCGUCAGUCGUGUUUCAACUCCGUCAUUGAAAUGCAGCCGAAAAGCAGGUAUCGCAAGGAGAAACUCGUCGCUGAUGACAGCCUCUCCCAAAGUUCUCAAGAAUCGUACCGAAAGGAUGUUGACGCGAGAAAUAAAUAUUUAAUUUGCAUUUUGUUAAUUGUUGGCCUCGGACUAUGUCUGAUUGCUGCUGGUAUCUACAUGGUAAUAUGGUUGAUAAAAGGACCCAGUGUUGAGGUUCACAUGGAAACCGAAGUGGAAGUCAGUCUGAGCCGCGAAGAAAUGGAAUCUGAUUUCAAUUUCACAUUAGAAACAUUUGGAAAACUGUCAGAUGGUUUUGAGAUAAGUGAGGGUGGACGCGGUUGUCAAGAAUUAUACUGUCGCAUUGCGUGCGCCAACAAUGAGGAUCUUUAUGCAGAGGCGGACACGGCCAUGAGUGGCAGCAAGUGUGAAGUGUUCACCUCGCUGAUAGUCGCCAAUCAAACCGGAUUAACGCUACAAAACAAAUGGAUAGACUCCAAUGCCACAGCCCUCAAAAUUGUGGUGACUGAAAGUGAAAUUGAUAAAAUCAAAACAGGUGCAUUCGCAGCAGCAAUGUUUGCCAAAGUAUUCCACAUGAAUUGGUCCAAUCUAAAGCUGACGGACCUCAGCAAUGGAGCACUACUUGGCCUGUAUUCGCUGAGGAAGCUGGAAAUUGACUUUCACCUGCCGGACAUCAGCAUGACAUUGUUGCAGCCCGUUCAGCUGACUUUGACGCAUCUGAGGAUCAAUGCGGGAAUAUCGUUCAACAGCCAACUUGAUGUCUUCGAUAACAUAUAUUUGGAGAAACUAAUUCACCUCGAUCUGAGUCACAACACCUUCACUGGGCCGCUCAGUAAGCGUCUCUUCAGUGGAACUCCGAAUGUGACUUAUUUGCUUCUGAAAUAUUGCGCCAUAACAUCGAUCGAGGACAGCGCCUUUGAGGAUCUCUCUGACAAGUUGGUGUUUGUUGACCUCAAGCAUAAUUUGCUUACGCAGAUGAGUGAGAACGUGCUUCGCAUCGCCGGCAAGCGAUUGCUACUCGAACUGGAGCCCAAUAACUGGAACUGCAAUUGCCAGCUGCGUUCCAUGGUCGAUUUUUACAAUAAAAAUAAAAGUCUCUUCAUAAGCAUUCCUUACUGUCGCCUGCCCUACAAUCUAUACGGUAAACUCUUUGACGAUAUCGAAUCGGAUGAGCUAAAUUGUGUUCUGGAUAGUGAAUUGCCUGGCAACUUUACCUCGGACACAACAAGCGAAAUAACUGUUGCUGACAGAGCCGACGAGCUGGACUUGCCCACAGAGUCUACUUUUUCCCACCAGGUCGCCACAGAGUCGCCAACCAAAUCGAGUACAUAUGGCGCCAUAUUGCAGUUCACUUGCUCAGAGGCUAUCGAUUACGAGAAGACCACGCGGCAGUAUUCCGAGGAACGCGUCAAGCGGAGUAGUAACAGUAAGGUAACUGAUUCUUACUUUGUAUUCGAGCCACCAGUCUACGAUUUGAUCUUGGAACUCUAUGAGAAUCGCAGCGUGCGCGCUUCUAUUGAGGGAUAUGUGAGCUCGGAUCAGCUGAACAUCAUUUGGUUUUCGGAUGAAUGGGAAGGCAGUUUAAUAAGGAAUGCAUCCAGCACGGACUACGUCUGCAUGCAGUAUGAGGAACCUUAUUUACUUGUCGAUCCCCUGCUACAGAAUCACACCUACACCUUCUGCAUGAUACCCUCGGAUAGCUUGGUCAUAUCUCCACUGCUCUGUCAGCCUCUGCAUGUGCCUCAGACUAGAGAGACUGACGAUUCGGAUGACGUUUGGAUUGCCGAGAGCGAAAAGCAAUUUACCAUCGCGAUGCUCUGUCUGAUUUUCUUUGUUUCCACCGUUUUCGGAGCUAUAUUCGCAUAUCUGGGCCUGAAGAGCUUUCCUAAUCUUUUGGAGGGUUCCAAGAAUGUGCUGGUCGUGAAGAAAGUUGAGAAGGCGUGUUAUGUCUCAACCAUAACGGAUUCAGAGUACAUCAAAACACCGCUUAGCAAGAGCUCUUCGAGAAAUACAAAGCAAACCAUCGACUAUGAGAUGCCCAAGCAGUUCAAAAAAGUCCCCAGCGAAAGUUGCACAAUCAACAAAUGCAUGGACAGACCUGGCUCUCCGCCUCCUCUGCCCAAACGUAACUCCACGGUCUCGGAGACCAUGGACCCCAAGCUAAAGGUUCAGAAAUGA